CUCUCGCCAUGGCCGCCCCGCACUCUGCCUGAGUCGCCCCGCUGGGAAAGGCGAAGCCCCCGCGGGAUUGCAGAGUUAGCCCCCGGAGCCGCGUUCCCCGGGUCGGGUUUUAGGUGUCCGAUCAGGAGCCCGGCUGCGAUAGUCCGCUUACGAGAGAGAGAAAGCAAAAGAGCUGCUUGCAGUGCCACUGCCAGCCCCCAGGUGGCAGCAGCGAGACCAUGUCGACGGUGGGGGCGGGAAAGAGGGCCUCGCAGGGGGGGGACAGCCCCUCCGACCUCCCAGAGAAGAAAGGGAAGAGAGAGGAGAAGACCCCAACUACCCUCAUUGAGCCCAUCAGCCUGGGCCGGGUCUGCUCCACCGAAGAGCUGGACCUCAAGGUGUUGCAGUUCAAGAACAAGAAGCUGGCGGAGCGACUGGAGCAGAGGCAGGCCAUCGAGGACGAGCUGAGAGAGAGGAUCGAGAAGCUGGAGAAGAGGCAGGCGACCGACGACGCGACCCUGCUAAUAGUGAACCGGUACUGGAGCCAGAGAAUGGAGGUUUCUGCUACCAGGGGGAGCUGCCCCCGGCCCCUGACUGCCCCUGCCCCUGCCCCUGCCCCUGCCCCUGCCCUAACGGAGGUGAAGCCAGCCGGGGAGAGACUGGAGCUCCAGCCCCAGACUUCAGGGGAGGAGCCGGCAGAGCUCGGCGAAGCUGGAGAGGACGGCUGUGCUGGAGCGCUCCCCUCCUCCCCGCCGGUCCCCUCCGAUCUCCCCGAGCCUGUGCUCUCGUUCCUGGCCACGCUUGCCAGCAGCAGCAGUGAGGAGAUGGAGCUGCAGCUGCAGGACCGGAUGGGCUUCUCCAAGCGUGCCGUGUCUCACAUCGUGCGGGUGUUCGAGAGGCUGCACCGCAGGAUCGAGGGGCUGUGCGAGAGAGUGCACUGCGCAGCAGCCCAGGACGGAGCAGGGACCGAGGCAGUGUCUCUCAACCGGGAACUCUCUGAGGAAAACCACCGGCUUCAGGACCUGGCUACCCAGCUCCAGGAAAAACAUCAUAAGAUGUCCCUGGAGUACAACGAACUAGUUGACAAGGUGACCUCCUCGGAGACAAAGGUUUCGGAGAUGGAGACGAACAUUGAGGAUCUGCAGUGGGACAUCGAGAAACUGCGGAAGAGAGAACAGAAACUGAACAAGCACCUGGCAGAAGCACUGGAGCGGCUCAAUUCUGGCUACUACACCUCAGGUAACUCUGGAGCGCUGCAAGGAGGACAGAUCACUCUCAACAUGCAGAAGUUUGAGAUGCUGAACGCAGAGCUGGAGCAGAAUCAGGAGCUGGCAAACAGCCGCAUGGCAGAGCUGGAGAAGCUGCAGCAGGACUUGCAGGAGGCCGUGAGAGAGAACGAGAAGCUGAAGAUGGAUCUGCACAAUGUCCCAGAGGAGGUGGUGAAGGAGACUCCAGAGUACAGGUGCCUGCAGGCUCAGUUCUCUCUGCUGUACAGCGAGAGCCUGCAGGUGAAAACCCAGCUGGACGAGGCCAGAGCCCUGCUUCUGAGCACCAAGAACGCACACCUGAGACAGAUCGAGCACAUGGAGAGUGAUGAGCUCUCUCUUCAGAAGAAGCUGCGCACGGAGGUGAUUCAGCUGGAGGACACGCUGGCUCAGGUCCGGAAGGAGUAUGAGAUGCUGAGGAUCGAAUUCGAACAGAACCUGGCAGCCAACGAGCAAGCAGGCCCCAUCAACAGGGAGAUGCGUCAUCUGAUCAGCAGCCUGCAAAAUCACAACCACCAGCUGAAGGGGGACGUGCUGCGAUACAAGAGGAAGCUGAGAGAGACGCAGGCAGAGAUCUGCAAGGCACGCAUGCAAACCAGUUUGGGUGCCACUGGUCCCAGUAGCGUCUCCGCACCCUCCUCUUCGAGCUGGGGGGAGGAAGCUGAGAGCAGGCUAGCUGGCAUAAAGAAGGAAGUGAAGGAAGAGCCUGUGGAGGUGAAGAAAGAGAAGGAGGAAGAAGAGAGAGAGAAGGAGAGAGAGGAGAGAGAGAAGGAGGCGGAGAGGGAGAGGGAGCGGGAGCGGGAGAAGGAGAAGGAGAGGGAGAAGGAGAAGGAGAAGGAGAAGGAGAGGCAGAGGAGCGAGGAGAUGAAGAAAAAGGAUUCGGACGCCCUGAAACUGGUCCGCAUGGAACUCAAGAAAGCCCAGGAGUCUCAGAAGGAGAUGAAGCUCUUGUUAGACAUGUACAAGUCAGCACCCAAGGAGCAGAGAGACAAAGUCCAGCUGAUGGCAGCCGAGAGGAAGGCGAAGGCAGAGGUGGAGGAGCUGCGGCAGCGCGUCUGGGAGCUGGAGGAGAAGGAGGUGAAGGAGAGUAAGAAGCUGGCAGAUGAGGAUGCGCUCCGGAAGAUCAAGCUGGCCGAGGAGCAGAUCGAGCACCUGCAGAAGAAGCUGACGGCGACCAAGCAGGAGGAGGAGGCUCUGCUGUCGGAGAUGGACGUCACCGGCCAGGCGUUUGAGGACAUGCAGGAGCAAAACAUCCGUCUCACGCAGCAGCUCCGGGAGAAGGACGACGCCAACUUCAAGCUGAUGAGCGAGAGGAUCAAAUCCAACCAGAUCUACAAGCUGCUGAGGGAGGAGAAGGACGAGCUGGGGGAGCAGGUGCUCGCCCUCAAAACGCAGGUGGACGCCCAGAUGCUGGUGGUUCAGAAGCUGGAGGAGAAGGAAGGCGUCUUGCAGAGCAGCCUGUCCACCAUUGAGAAGGAGCUGGGGCUGAGGACUCAAGCACAGGAGCUCAACAAGAGGAAGGCAGUAGAAGCUGCUCAGCUGGCUGAGGAUCUAAAAGUCCAGUUGGAGCACACCCAGAACAAGCUGAGAGAGAUCCAGACAUCCAUGUCUCACAACAGGAGCGCCCGGGAGGGGGAGUCCUUCAACCUCAAGAGAGCCCAGGAGGACCUGUCUCGGCUGCGCAGGCGGCUGGAGAAGCAGAAGAAGGUGGAGGUGUACACCGAUGCAGACGAGAUCCUGCAGGAGGAGAUCAACCAGUACAAGGCGAAGCUGCGGUGCCCAUGCUGCAACACGCGUGACAAGGAGACGGUGCUCACCAAGUGCUUCCACGUGUUCUGCUUCGAGUGCCUGAAGACGAGAUACGACACGAGGCAGAGGAAGUGCCCCAAGUGCAACGCGGCCUUUGGAGCCAACGACUUCCACCGGAUCUACAUCAACUGAGAGGAGAGAGAGAGAGGAGAGGAGAGAGAGGAGAG